AGUGCGAGGUUAGGUGUGCGCGUGCGUGUGUGUAUGCGACACACACCAAAGGAUAUACACAAUCGACGCGAUAACAGAUAAAUACCAUCGUGUCUCGAGUAUACAUAAACACGGUUGCUGCGUCUAUUCGCAGCUCCCUAACGACGUGGUGCUGGUGCGUGCUUGUGUGCCAAAAGGAGUGCGAAAAGCGCGACAAAUACAGAUAUACAUGAUACACGCGAGUGAUUUCGACGCUGGGCUUCGGCGGGAUUAUGCGUAGUAUCGUCCUCCCUGUGCAGGCUGCUCGCCGAGAAGCGUGAUAAAAUUGAAAGGACAGAAGGCAAAGAUGUACCGACCGAAUUUCUACGAGAGCACGUGUCUGCGUUGCCAGCAGACAGUCUACCAAGUAGAUCGCGUUGGUCCAUUAAAGGAUUUCACGUUCUUUCAUUCGGGAUGCUUCAAGUGCGCGAUAUGCGGCACGAAGCUGACGCUCAAGACGUACUACAACAACCAGCACACAAUCAAUGACAAAGAAGUCUACUGCAGCAGCCACGUACCAAAACCAGGACCUGGCACACUCGACGGCUCGAGCGUCGGUAUUCGAAGUGCUUUGAACGUACCCAGAAGUGGCUACGUCAACGAGCAAAUUCGCGCUGGCGGCUCGCCCAGACCUGUUUAUCCCCACAGUUACGACAGCGCAGAUUCGCCGACUAGGCACACGAACGGUCACAGUCACUUAUCAUCGCCAGGAUGCCACUCGUCGUCGCCUCAUCAGAAUCAACACAACUACAACAAUCAUCAUCAUCAUCAUCACAAUCACGAUGGCUAUCAGUACGGGCGUUUCGAUGCCUCGGCGCUGCACAUCGCUCACGCGCUCAAACAGACCGAGCUCCAAAAGGGCUACAGCAAAGCUAGAGAGAAGCCCAUCGAUUACUAUUUGGACAGGGACGAGCAGACGCGACUAGAAAUGAAGCACCGCAAAGAGGAGGACGACCUUUACCGGAAGUUUGCGCAUCAUCGCGAGGAGGAGGAUCGCCGAAUACGCGAGGAGUUCCGGGACGAGUGGGAAAAGGAACUCGAACAGUUGUCCGAGAAAUGGGAGCGAAAAGGUCGUACGCAACAGUUCCAACAAGAGAAAGAGGAUCUGGAAAAGAAUAUGACGCUGCGCAGGGACAAGAAGAAGGAGAGCCUGACGAGGAAAAUGCUCGAGCACGAAAGGGCGGCGACGGCGGCACUCGUGGAAAAGCAAAGUUCCGAGAUGCUGGAGUUGAUUAAUGAAGCGCGUAGCGAGUACAUGCAACAAGAGAGUCUCUAUCUCGACGAGGGCGUCGAUUAUAUUCACGGCCAACCACCGAGUCCAUAUCCAUCGCGUGCACCACCACCACAUCCACCUGCUCUCGCUAAAUAUCAUUUGUAUAACGAUCCUCUGGAGUUUGCUGAUAUAGAUCAGAUUGCUAUUUCGGUUGCUCAGGAAGACCAAAAGACCUUCACAGACUUGGUUCGCCAAUUGGUCAGCAAAUGCGGCUCGGACAUCGAGAAAGCACGCACGAUUUUCCGUUGGAUUACCGUGAAGAACCUGAACACGAUGCAAUUCGACGAGAAUUUACGUGGCGAUACCCCAAUGGGUCUUCUCCGUGGAAUCAAACACGGCACCGAAUCUUAUCAUGUUCUAUUCAAACGACUUUGCAGUUAUGCCGGUUUACACUGCGUCGUGAUCAAGGGAUACAGUAAAUCGGCGGGUUACCAACCCGGUGUGAGAUUCGAGGAUAAUCGCUUCAGAAACAGCUGGAACGCCGUUUAUGUCGCUGGCUCGUGGAGGUUCGUACAGUGCAAUUGGGGCGCAAGGCAUUUAGUCAAUGCCAAAGAGGUGCCACAUCUCGGACAGCCGAAGGAGAAGAGCGACAGUCUGAGAUACGAGUACGACGACCACUACUUCCUAACGGAUCCCCGCGAGUUUAUCUACGAGUUCUUCCCGCUGCAAGAGGAGUGGCAAUUACUUAAACAACCCAUUUCCCUCAAAGACUUUGAGGAAUUGCCGUUCGUUCGCUCGCUCUUCUUCAGGUAUGGGUUAUACUUCCCCGACACUAACACCAAUGCGGUGAUGUAUACCGAUGCAACGGGUGCAGCAACAGUUAGGAUAGCGAUGCCUGCCAAUAUGCAAUCCUCCCUUAUCUUUCAUUAUAAUCUCAAGUUUUACGACAGCGACGGUGACAAUUACGACGGCGUCUCGUUGAAGAGAUUCGUUAUGCAAUCUGUUGUUGGGAAUUUAGUGGCUUUCCGUGUGCACGCGCCGUGUUCGGGUGAUUUUCUUCUCGACGUAUUCGCCAAUGCUGUAACACCAAAGGAAUACUUGACAGGCGAACCUAUGAAGUUCAAAAGUGUAUGCAAAUUUAAAAUUGCUUGCGAGGAGCUGCAAACUGUUAUGGUACCAUUACCCGAUUGCGCGAGCGGUGAAUGGGGACCAACAAAAGCUACGAGAUUGUUCGGACUUGUACCGAUUACCCAUCAAGAAGCAUUGGUAUUUGCGGGACGUGAGUUGGAGGUACAAUUUCGCAUGUCGCGGCCAUUGACCGACUUUAUGGCGACUCUUCACAAAAAUGGCAUCGAAGAGAAACGAUUGUCAAAGUACGUGAGCCAUUUGGUGACAGACGACGAUGUCGUAACAUUCACGAUAAGCUUUCCAGAGGAAGGACAGUAUGGUCUUGAUAUAUACACACGUGAAUCGACAACUCCCACGCAUCACGAUGCUUCUGGCGAGAAACACUUACUUACCCAUUGCUGCAAAUACCUUAUUAACUCUAGCAAGAGAAAUUAGGAUGUACGCUUGAAUAAUUUUAUUGUUGAAGAAAACAUUUAUUUUUGUAUUUUAACACUCUGAAAGCAAGAUGACUUUUAUAAUGAUUCAAUAUUUCAGAUAUUGAAAAUUAAUUUCGAUUGUUAUUAUAAACAUUCCGUCUUCCAACAUACUAAUUAAUCAGUCACUUACUAAGACUUAUAUAUUACAUUCUAUACAGUUACCUCUCACGUUACAUGGCAGCAAUAUUUUGUCUUUGUUAAACAUAAAUUUUUUUAUAAUCGCAUAAAAAUGUUCUAAAAUUAUUGAUCACUUUUUAAUGCUACAGAUUUAUAUGUAUUUUAAUCAUCCCAAAACAAAAACAAACAAUAUUUUUAUAUGUACAAAAUAUUAUUUCUACACUGAAUUGUUUUAUUAUGAAUAGUUUUUAAUAAAAGUAUUUUUAUGAAAAGGCGAUAAAAAUGUCACUAAGAAAUAUA